AUGAGACUGCGAAGUCUGGAAGAGGCCUCAGAACAGUGCACGAUGCAGAGGCAGGGGCAUCCCCUGAGGAAGAACUCCCAGAAGCAGUUCAUUGAGAUUAUGGGGUUCUGGGUGCUGACGCCUAAGACGAAGCAGACGGCACCCCUCACCAUCGCUGCUGCCCGAGGCUACACUGACUGUGCCCGCCACCUGAUCCGGCAGGGAGCUGAGCUGGACGCCCGGGUCGGAGGCCGGGCAGCCUUGCAUGAGGCCUGUGCCCGGGCCCAGUCUGACUGUGUGCAGCUGCUGCUGACCUUCGGUGCCAAGGCCAACGUGUUGUCCGAGGAGGGCACGACCCCCUUGCACCUCUGCACAGCCCCUGAGUCCUUGCAGUGCGCCAAGCUGCUGCUGGAAGCGGGCGCGACUGUGAACUUGGCGGCGCAGGACAGCGAGAUGACACCCCUGCACGUGGCGGCGGCUCGCGGCCUGGAGGAGCACGUGGCCCUCUACCUGGAGCACGGCGCCAACGUGCACCUGCGCACCAGCCAGGGCGAGACGGCCCUGAACGCGGCGUGCGCGGGGGCCGAGGGCCCAAGCAGCUGCCGACGUCACCAGGCGGCAGCGCGCCGGCUCCUGGAGGCCGGGGCAGAUGCCCGCGCUGCCGGGCGCAAGCGCCACACGCCACUGCACAACGCCUGUGCCAAUGGCUGCGGGGGCCUGGCCGAGCUGCUGCUGCGCCACGGGGCCUGCGCUGGAGUGCCCAACGGGGCGGGCCACACGCCCAUGGACUGUGCGCUGCAGGCCGUCCAGGACGCCCCCAACUGGGAGCCCGAGGUCCUUUUCUCAGCGCUGCUUGACUACGGGGCCGAGCCUGUGCGCCCUGAGAUGCUGAAACACUGUGCCAACUUCCCUCGGGCCCUGGAAGUCCUGCUUAAUGCCUACCCUUAUGUCCCAUCCUGUGAUACCUGGGUGGAGGCAGUGCUCCCAGAGCUGUGGCAGGAGCAUGAAGCCUUCUACACCUCGGCCCUGUGCAUGGUGAACCAGCCCAGGCGGUUGCAGCACCUGGCCCGGCUGGCUGUGCGGGCCCAGUUGGGUGGCCGCUGCCGCCAGGCCAUCGCCAGCCUCCCACUGCCCCCCGUCCUCAGGGACUACCUGAUGCUGCGUGCUGAGGGGCGUAUCCAGUGA